AUGCCGCCCAAGAAAGCUGAGCCUGUAAUCGACAAUGUGGUCGCCUUCGGCCGAGUUAAAAAAAACCUGAAGAUGGGAUGCGUCGGCCUUCCCAACGUUGGAAAGUCGAGUUUGUUCAACCUUUUGACCGAGCAGAGUGCUGCGGCGGAGAAUUACCCUUUCUGUACUAUUGAGCCUAAUGAGGCGAGAUGUGCUGUUCCUGAUGCGAGAUAUGACUUUCUUUGCGAUCUUUGGAAACCUCCGUCUAUGUACCCUGCUUAUCUCCAGGUUACUGAUAUUGCUGGUUUGAUCAAGGGUGCUUCUCAAGGAGAGGGCCUUGGUAAUGCCUUCUUGUCGCAUAUCCAAGCUGUUGAUGGUAUUUUCCACAUCGUCCGAGCCUUUGAUAAUGACCAGGUCUUGCACGUCGAUGACUCGAUCGAUCCCGUUCGUGACUUGAACACCAUCCAGAGCGAGCUUUGCAAGAAGGACCUAGAUAUUCUCGAUAAGCAAAUCGUUGCCGAGGAGCUGAUCGUCAAGAAGGCAGGUGGCAAGUACAAGAUGCUUCCCCUCUUCUACGAGACAACAAGCAAGAUCCGAGCGAUGCUCGAGAAAGACCAGCCAGUCAGAGACGGAAGCUGGACCCCAGCCGAGAUCGCCCUCAUCAACGAAAAGAUCCAACUCAUCACCACCAAGCCAAUCAUUUACCUUGUCAACCUGACCAUGAAGGACUACCUCCGACAAAAGAGCAAGUACCUUCCUUCCAUAGCGAAAUGGGUCGCCGAGCAUGGCGGUACAUCCAAGGAUAUCAUCCCCUUCUCGAUCGAGUUCGAGGAGAAGCUGCACAGCAUGAAGGAGGAUCCUGAUGCUCAGGCUGAGUUUCUCAAGGAGAGCAAGGUUAAGUCUAAGUUGGAUAAGAUUAUCACUGAGGGAUUUACCAAGCUUGGUCUGCAGUAUUACUUCACCGCUGGUGAGAAGGAGAUUAGAUGCUGGACUAUCCCCCGAGGAUGCUUGGCACCUCAAGCUGCCGGUGCCAUUCACAGCGACUUCGAGCGAGGCUUCAUCAAGGCUGAGGUGGUGGCCUACCAAGACUUCCAUGAUCUCUGCGAGGGUAACAAAUCAAUGGGGCCAAUCAAGGCUGCUGGCAAGUACCGCCAAGAAGGAAAGUCAUAUGUUGUCCAAGACGGCGAUAUCAUUCACUUCCAAUUCAAUGUCUCAAACAAGAAAUAG